AUGUCGAUACGUAUUAAAACUAAAUAUCAUUGUUGUUCAUUAUUAAUAAUGUUUUCACGAUUAUUAACUAAUGAUAAUAAUAAAUUAAUUUUAUUUAAAAUAAUUCAAGAAAUAUCAUUAACAUUUGGUUUAUCAUUAUUUUUACUUUAUCUUUUUUAUCAAUUAUUGGGAAAUUUUCUAUUAAUUAUAUUUAUUGUAUGUGGAGUACUUUUUACACUUUAUGGUCUUCAAGAUGCAUUACUUUAUCAACCAAAUGAACCAGAUACAGCACGAACAAUUGUUCUAACACCAGACUUAUUUCAAAUGCCAUAUGAAACAAUAACAAUUGAAACAUCAGAUAAUGAAAAAUUACAUGGAUAUUUAAUAAAACAAAAUCAUCAUUCAAAUGAAUGUGAAACAUUAAUUUUUUUUCAUGGAAAUGCAGGAAAUAUUGGACAUCGAUUACAAAAUGUUCAUUUACUCUAUCAAGCAUGUAAUAUUAACGUUCUUCUAUUUGAUUAUCGUGGUUAUGGAAAAUCAACUGGUAAACCAUCUGAAGCAGGUUUUUAUAUAGAUGCACAAGCUGUUUAUGAUUAUGUUCGUAAACGUACUGAUCUUAAUCAGGAAAAAAUCUUUUUUUUCGGUCGUUCACUUGGUGGUGCUGUUGCAUUACAUCUUGCUUCGCAUCUUGCUGAAACAAAUGAAACAUUACCAUUAUAUUGUGUUAUUGUUGAAAAUACUUUUACAUCAAUACCUGAUAUGGCUAAAAGAUUAUUUCAAGUUUUUAUAAUUGAUUAUAUACCAACUUGGUGCUAUAAAAAUGUGUUUUCAUCAAUUAAAAAAAUUCGUCAUAUAAAAGUACCAGUACUCUUCCUUUCCGGUGCACAAGAUGAAUUAGUUCCUCCACAAAUGAUGCAGAAAUUACAUGAGGAAUGUACAAGUCCGAAAAAACAAUUAAUCUUAUUUUCUGAUGGUCAACAUAAUACAACAUGGCUUUCAUAUAAUUAUACAACUCAGAUAUAUAAAUUUCUUCAUGAAUGCUCAAUAUCAUUGGAAACAACACCAACAGCAUCGAGUGUUAAUUAA